GAGUUCCCCCUCCUUGACCAAGAGUUUACGAACAGUUCCAACUUCAGUAGCCUUUAAUUUCUUGUGUUCUUCUUCAACUCCAUUUGUACUUACAUCGUAAAGAAGUAUUACUCGCCCUUCGUACACAAUAGUUCCUUCUUCGACCUUCCAUUUAAUAAUUUUCGCCGAUUUUCCUGCGGGAAGACAAAUCAACACUUCUUUUGCGCCCAUAUUGACCGGGAUUCCCGUCUAAACAGAAUUGCAACGGCGCUCACCAUUGGUCCAGAAGGAGCAUAUUUUUUCCUCGGCCAAUCAGAGACGCUUUUAUGGAAUAGAGCUCAACGUAAAUUGAUUUCAAGGUAUGCUCUUGAAUCCCAUGUCCCAAGUUCCCACGAUUCAAUAUAACCAUCAAAAAUAAAUGGCGGUAGAAUUCUUGGAAUGUAAAGUUAAUUUCAUCUUCCUUCCUUGAUCCUUUUAUCAUUUUUCUUUGUUUAUUUUAAUCCCCUAACAAAGGAUUUUCAUCCUGUAAACUCCAGUUGCCGCAUAUAAAUGAAAUUGGUUGAAAUGGAGGUUGAUCCACCGCCAAAUAUAUGUUUUAAUGAUGAUUUGAUCCUUGAUUUGAUCAGACAUGAAGAUGAAGGAGAAAGUGAAGACUGUAAAUGUCUAAUCAAUAAAGCAUGGACUGUACGUUCGUGUACUCCCCUCCAUAAUUUCUCCUACGCUGAAAGUGACUUGAGAUCGUAUGGAUUGGCAUUCUCAAAUAUUAUCCAGAAGGAGUGUAGUAUUAAAUAUGUCAAAUGUGAAUUUGAAGUUGUUUCUGAACUUGCUUUCUCAAAUAAGGACAACAAAUCUGUAAAAAUUACAGUGCAUUCAACAGUGAACGGGAGGAGAAAGGCAUUAUUUGAGAGUUACUUGGUAUCACGUAACUCAAGUUUUAAACCGAGGAGCUUGACCAGACUGCCAGUAUUUCUUUACAAUGGAUCAUUGAAGGUGGCGCUGGUCGUAAUCGCUGCUAUACAAUUUAUGUUUGGUGGGCACAUGUCAGAAAUGAAAUUCUCGGUCAACGAGCUGCUAGCGUUUACAGUCAAUCAUUGCUGGAAGCCCAAUGCAGAAAAAGACGAUGAUUCCGAACUGGAUCUCGUGUUGGACUAUGAGUUGCCAGUUCCGGAAAACAGUAAUAUCGAGUACUCGAUAGAAUCGAGUCGUUUCAAAGAGUUAUUCAGCAGAAUAAUUGAUCAACCUGGAGAUGAAACAAGCAUCAUGAGCAGUUUCCAUAAUGAUAUUCUUCAUCAUUUUUACAACAAUUACGAGAUGAAUCUAGACUUCUUCAAUCUAUCUACCAUAAAUCUAAAAAAUCAUCUCAAAAUUGCAAGGAAAGGCAAGAUAAAAUGCAAUAAUCCUUCGGUUUUAAAUACCAUGCUGAAAUAUCUCACGCAGAAUAUUAAUGAGUCUCAUAAAAUCUGAAGUGAUCAAUGGAGAACAUCCGUGCUUUAAAUCUGUCAAUUUUGAAGGUAUCUUAUCUUGAAUGAGCGGUGGCCUAGGUAGACUCAUUAUGCAUAUGCUUUCUGUCCACACAACUCAGUAUAUAUUCAGUUUUCAUGAAGUUCUAUGAAUUUCAUCCUUUCUCCGGUAAAUAUUUUUGAUGGUUUAUCGGAAAAUUUCUCCUGUUUUUAAAAUUAGUGACUCUCAACAAUAUCUGACCACUGUUGAUUUUAUUUUGUAUAUAUAAAUUAGAUUUGUCAAAAACUAAUUCAAUUUCCCAAUUGGAAAUUUUCAUGUUUUACUAUUAAAUUUUCUAUAAAUAAAAACUAUGAAAUGGUUUUUAUUCCUGGUGUCUAUUGAUAACCCAUCAUAGCAGAAUUCCGAUCGACUUGAAAUUGAAACUGCACGAUUAUUGUAUGACUUUGUCAUAUCAGUCCAAAUCACACCACCCUUCACGUUUCAAGCAUACUCAUCUAUUGCCAUCUAUGAAGUGGUCAAAUUUAAAUUCUGGACUAUGCAUUUGAAAACUUGUUGAUAAUUUUACAUUUUUGUAUAUUCUGUCUUACAUUUUUAAUGUUUUAUCUACUUUGAGAACUGUAUAUGUAAAUAGUAGAAAUAAAUAUUUUAUACAGA